GCGGCGGGAAGGCGGCGGCCGAGGCAGCUUCAGCGCUUGGAAGGCGGACUUGUGAGGCGAUGGCGGAUACCUACAACAGCGACGGCGAGCCUACGACGCGCACGCUUUUGCGGCGCGUGCUGGAUACUGCGGACACGCGCACCCCACGGCGACGCCGAAGUGCUCGAGUUGGUGUCCAGAAAGCCCGACUUGAAAUGCCGCUGAGCAGCCCCACAAAGAUGAAUGUGAGCCGGCGUUCCCAAAGAGCCAGGUCUAUUGACAGAUUGGCCCGUGUUCAAACCAGUGGGCACCUGGAUGAACAGACACCCCGGACUCUGCUGAAGAACAUCCUUCUAACUGCCCCAGAAUCUUCCAUCAUGAUGCCAGAGUCUGUGGUGAAGCCAGUACCGACGCCGCAGGUGGUCCAGUCCUCUAGACGGAAAAGCAGUCAGGGCAGCCUGGAGCUGCAACUUCCUGAACUUGAGCCACCCACAACCCUGGCUCUAGGUCUGCUGGCUCCUGGUAGGAGGAAGCAGAGGCUGAGAUUGUCAGCGUUUCAGCAAGGAGUGGACCAGGCGCUGCCUCUCUCCCAAGAGCCUCAUGGGAAUGCCAAUGCCUCCUCCCUUACCAGCUCCCUCAAUUUGACCUUUGCCACACCUCUCCAGCCACAGUCAGUGCAGAGGCCUGGUUUGGCUCGCAGACCUCCUACCCACCGAGCUGUAGAUGUGGGUGCAUUUUUGCAGGAUCUGCGAGAUACUUCCUUGGUUUCUCCAGGUGACAGCCUGAGAACCCCUGUUGCUACCGUGCCAAUGGAUACCGUGUUGGAGGACACUCAGCCCUUCUCUCAGCCCUUGGUUGGCCGUUCCCCCAGUGUAUACCACUCCCUGCCCUGUCUCUCUCAUACUGAGGCUGAAGAUGCUGAGAGAGCUGUCAGUCACAGGACACAGAGCAGUGGACCUAAGUUGCAGAACUACAACCCUGGAAAACAAGCCCAACUUCUGGCAAGAAAGGCAAAGAAUAUUGAUGCCCUUGCUAUGAGCUUCCCAAACAAGAGCAGUGCAAUCUCUGGAGAAGAUGGAGUAGACCUUUUACAGGAUGGAAUUGAUGAGGAGGCAGAGGAAAGGAUGGAGGAAAAUUUGAGUGUGAGCAAAGUAAUGGACACAACAGGAACACAAGGAUCUAUCAGGACAGAAAAUUCUAAGGGAUAUAGAGAAAUGACAGAAGCUGUUGAGACUAAUGAGCCAAAAGGAUCUUCAGAAGAUGAGGAUAUCUCUGAUAGAAGAGCAAGUCCAGAGUUGGCCUCCAACACCACUCAGUUUCCUCAGGCCAGGCGACCUCAGUUUCUUGAGCCAGCCCCACCGUCUAGCACUGCAGUCUUAUCUUCAGAGCCUCUGUCGACCAGGCUUCCUCCCAGAGCCCGAGCCCCUGGCUCCAGGCCCCGUCAAGAUCCCCACAAGACUGGACUGAGCCACUAUGUGAAAUUCUUUAGCUUCUGUGCUAAGAUGCCCAUGGAUAAGAAGGCUGUUGAGACGGUGGAGAAAUGCCUGGACAGGUAUUUCCAGCAUCUUUGUGACGACCUGGAGGCAUUUGCUGCUCACGCUGGCCGUAAGACUGUGAGGCCAGAGGACCUAGAACUGCUGAUGCGACGGCAGGGCCUGGUCAACGACCAAGUCUCUCUGCAUGUGCUUGUGGAGCGGCACCUGCCCCUGGAGUACCGGCAGCUGCUCAUCCCUUGUGCAUUCAGUGGCAACUCUGUCUUCCCUGCCCAGUAGUGGCCAGGCUUCAACACCUGCCCAGUCCUUGCCUAGGGGACUGCCCCACACAUUCUUCCAGUUUUCUUCCCCAGUUCCCCAGCAUCAAUAAAGUGUCACA